CCCGGAGAUAUUUGUGCCCUCUUUGUCCCAAACCUGAUGAAGCUGGUACUCUGAUUGAAUCAAUGGAUGCUUGUUUUGGUCUUGUGAGAAAAAAGACUUCAGGGAAGGCUCAGUUCUUGUCAAGGCAUAAUUCCAUUUUGUUCCACAAUCAAGAAGAAGUUGAUUCAUUUGUUGAUAACUACACUUCAAGUGCUAACACGCUAAAACUGAUUGUCAUGAGUUUAAGGCAGGUGAAGUAAAUGACAUGAUUCGAUCAAAAGUUAGAAACAAAUUAUUUGAUGAGAAAGGUGUUUUUGGUUGUGUCUGCCGGCAUGAUUACCCUAAAGGAUUUAUGAAUAUCAAACAUGGAGAAAGGAUUGGUUAUUCAGUUUUUAGUGUCAAACACCAGCUCUCUAACUCCAACGAAAACACAACAAUAAAAAUCAUGUAUGACAUUGCAUGUACUUUGAAGGCACACCUAAUGAAAAAUGGAAAGCAUGAUUUUGUGAAGAGAGCCGAUUAUGCUAUUCCUGUCUUCCACUGCUAUGGUCAUAAGUCCUCGUGUCAGAUACAAUUUAACCCAAGAAGAAAAAAAGGAUAUGGAUUAACUGAUGGGGAAGGAGUGGAAAGACUAUGGUCAUUUCUUCGGGGAUUUUCCGGCAUGACCAAGGAGAUGAGCUCUGGUCGCCGUCUUGAUAUUCUGACAGAUGCUUUACUGCACUAUUCUUCUCGUCGACUUGAACACUUUGGAUCUUCAUUAGCUGCUAAACUUAAAAGAUGUCCUGAACUUAUUACUAACACGCAAUCACAAAUACAAGACUUAUUUUCGAAGCUAGAUGUUCUGUAUGACUCUGAUUUAUUAGAGACAUGGAUGAAGGAAGAAGAAAAACUAAUAAAUGAGAAGAAUUCAAAACGGGCACUUCCGUUAACAUGGCAACAAAAAUAUGUGGAAAGUUUAUUGCAACUUUACCAGCUAAGAGUGCAGAUUGCUUGUAUUCAGGAAGUUGAUCAUGGUCACUUUGCGGAUAUUGUAAAAAAGACUAAGAAAGUAACGAAACAGGUUGAAAACAUUGAGAGAAGAAAGAAAGUGACGAAGAGGUGGAAACCUUGGGAGAGAGAAUUUAAUACGGCAGCUUUGUCGCUGGAGCUGAAACGGAAUGAGUCUGUUAUUGAGUCAGCAUUUUCUUUAGCAAUUGAAAGGAUGUUCCUUGUAUCCUUAAAGAAUAAAUAUGCAGAUGGCCAAGCGAUAGCCGUUAAACUUUCCAAACAAAUAACGCAGAGAAAAAAUCCAUUAAAACUACAACAGCCAAGUAUAAUGCAUCACUAAAGUCUUUGGAAGAUUGGAUUGAAGGACUACCUAGAAAAAUUGAAUUCGACGAAGCAAAAGAUCCAAGGUCGCAACUUUAUUGUGAUUUUAACUUUCAAACAAAUUAAGAUACAGUACUGUUCACUGCUAAACGUUCUGCUAUUGAGUUGCAUAACUUUCUUAAAAGAUGCAAAGAGGAACAAGAAAUGUUAGAAAUGGAAACAGAAAGACUAGUACACUAUUACUUGGAUAAGAAACAAGAACUGGAGUCCUAUAUCAAUGUUAAUGGGGAAGUUCAGAGCAAAAUCUUGAGAGGAACUGUAGCAAUUUUAAGAAAGAUCUAAUUAACAUAAAUAAUGCACUGUAUUCACUGAAACAUAUGUUAAAGGACUAUUUAACAGAAGCUAGUAAGGGUAAAUUACCAUUCUUCAAGAUAGAAGCAGAGUAUGCAUUAUCUAUUUUGCGUCCAACAAACAUAAUUGAGGAUACAUUAGAGAUUGAAACCAGUUCAGUUGAUAACGAGACUGACUGCGAAUCACUGCUUCAAUUUUCAGAUUUUGAAUCAGACACCGAGUUAGAAUAAUUCCAUAUACACACGUGUAUAUAUAUAUAAUUAUAAGUUAAUAAACGCUUUCGCUAUAUGCAAAGCUCAACUUUA